CGUGUUUCUCGUCGCCGCCUCACCUUUCCCUCUUUCUCCCUCUUUCAGGGAGGGAGUGAGGAGAAAGAAUGGGGGGGGGGGAGCGGCGGUUUGGGAAAGUAGGAAAUGCUGGGUGGUUGUAAGAGAGAAAUUGGCGGAAGGGGAACAUCUUGAGGUUGGGCUAAAGGGGACCCGGGUGGGGAAAGACAACGGCAGAACCAAAAGGUGGGAACCUGAGUUACUCUGAUUAUGGCACCAUCAGGAAGAAAAUCUGCAGCAAAAACUGCUAAAUUGGCACAGGAAGAUCCAAUUGUUCAUGCCUACGACUUUGAAGAACAUACAAAAAAACAUCUGAGUGGCUCUGAAGAGGAUGUUAGAGAAGAUGAAACUCCAAUAAUUGAUAAACAUGGUAAGAAAAGACCUUCACUGACUCCUCGUCCUGUAGUUGAAGAUGAAGUUGGGGGAGAAGUACAGAAUAUGCUGGAAAGAUUCGGAGCGGACAUUAACAAAGCUCUUCUAGCUAAAAGGAAAAGAUUAGAGAUGUACACGAAAGCUUCUCUCAAAACAAGCAACCAGAAAAUAGAACACGUUUGGAAAACACAACAAGAGCAAAGGCAGAAGGUCCAACACGAAUAUUCUCAGCAGUUCCUGCAUGUAUUUCAACAGUGGGAUGCUGAUAUAAAGAAAUCUGAGGAACAGGAAGAAAAAUUAACGAACCUGUUUCGGCAACAACAAAAAACUUUCCAACAAGCAAGAAUAGUUCAGAAUCAAAGACUGAAAACAAUUAAGCAGCUGUAUGAGCAAUUUUUGAAGAGUAUGGAAGACAUGGAGAAGACUCAUGAAAGUCUUUUAGUAGGUGCACAAAAUGAGCUUCGGAAAGAGAUGGCUAUGUUGCAAAAGAAGAUCAUGAUGGACACUCAACAGCAAGAGAUGGCAACUGUUCGCAAAUCUCUUCAGUCCAUGUUAUUCUGAUGGCUCAGUGGAGAAACAACUUGUACCUAAGUAACAUGAUACAAUUAUAUACAUUAGCCAUAUGGGGAGGAAGAGCCAGUAUUUUAAACGCCAUAUUAAAAAUUGCUAUAUUUGAAUACCUUACAUUCAGCUCUGAUAUCAAAGAAACCGACAGCUCAUUGCUUCUUAGCAACAGGAUAUGCUAAUUUUAUUUUUUUCCUGUGUCUCUCAAAGUAUUCCUAAUGGUUUUUAAUUUGCAUCAAUAUUUUUUCGCCUCUUAAAUUCAGAAUCUAGAUCCCAGGGUUAAGGUACCUUUUUGAAAGUUCAAGCUACUUAAUGUUAUUUAACUGUCUGACAGACUGUUUUUGUACCAAACACUCUGAUAAUAACAAAUUGCAUGUACUAUGGGAUUCAAGGCCUUAUUAAAAAUUGUGUACUUGCAGCAGAACUAUAUAAAAUGUUUCAGGUUGCUACCAAAGAAACAUUUCAUUCUUAUAUAACAACCAGAGUAAUAUGUCUUAAUCUGAAAGUUGAAGGAGAUGCAUAAGAACUUCCUUAUGAUUAUAAAAUAAAAUAUACAUGUUGCUA